GGAGCUCUGGUGGCGGGGAGUGCCGGCAGCGGGGAGCGCCGGCAGCGGGGAGCGCCGGCAGCGGGGAGCGCCGGCAGCGGGGAGCGCCGGCAGCGGGGAGCGCCGGCAGCGGGGAGCGCCGGGAGCCGGGAGCGUCAGACGCGAGGAGAGUCCCGAGUCUGGAGCGCCAGGAGCCGCGAGCGUCGGGAGUGGGCCGGAUCCCCUGGCAGGAUGACUAUAAGGAUCUUUGCAAAUUGUACCUUCUGUUUGAAAGUCAAGCACUUACCUCGUCAACAGAAGAAAAAGCUACAAAAUGACAUUAAGGAGAAUGGUGGAAAUUUUUCCUUUUUAUUAAAUCCUCAGUGCACACAUAUAAUCUUAGACAAUGCUGAUGUUCUGAGCCAGUAUCAACUGAAGUCUAUCCAAAAGAACCAUAUCCUUAUUAUAAACCCAGAUUUUAUAUGGAACUCUAUCAAAGAAAGGAGGCUCUUGGACAUAAUGAAUUAUGAUCCUAAUAAGGCAGUGGACAUCACACCACCUCCUUGUCAAAAGGCAAGCAGUUCUGAGGUGACAACAGAUGAUCCAUCCCUGGACGACUCCAUGGAGAAGGAAGACAUUGUGGAAUUCACAGAGUUUUAUAAAGACAUUGUUGAAAUUCCUCGUUUUCCACAAGACUUUGAAGUUGCAAAAUAUAACACCUUGGAAAAAAUCGGGGCAGAGGGAGGUAAGGAGGUGGCAGUGCUAGAACUGCAGAGCUCCCAGGACCCCGAGGACCCUGCCUUUCUCACAUCCGCACAUUUCCUCUUGGCUAGUGGCCUCACGACUAGAAAGUCCUCUGUAAAGAAAACCUCUGCAGAUGCAAGUGAAUACUACGAAAAUUACAUUGAAGAGCUGAAGAAACAAGGAUUUCUGCUAAGAGAACAUUUUACACCGGAAGCAACCCAAUUAGCAUCUGAAAAACUGCAAGCAUUGCUUUUGGAGGAGGUAAUAAAUUCAAACACUCUGAGCAAAGAAGUGAGCGAUUUGGUGGAGAUGGUUUGGGCGGAAUCUCUCGGCCACCUGGAGCACAUGCUUCUCAAGCCUGUGAACAGGAUUAGUCUCCAUGACGUGAGCAAGGCAGAAGGACUUCUCCUUCUAGUAAAGGCAGCAUUGAAAAACGGAGAAACAGAAGAACAACUGCAAAAAAUGAUGACUGAGUUCUACAGAUUAAUACCUCACAAAGGUACAACAACUGAAAAAGUGACCCUGAGACUAUUGGCUAAGAAAGAGGACCUCUGCCAGCUAAUAAGAGACAUGGGUAAUAUCUGUGAAACUAAUUUGUUCAAACCCAACCCCCCAUCCCUUGCCAAAUACCGAGCUUUGAGAUGCAAAAUUGAGCAUGUUGAACAAAACACUGAAGAAUUUUUCAGAGUUAGAAAAGAGGUUUUACAGAAUAAUCACAGAGGUCCAGUGGACAUCUUGCAGAUAUUUAGAGUUGGCAGAGUGAAUGAAGCCACAGAAUUUUUGAGCCAGCUUGGCAAUGUGAAGUCCUUACUGCAUGGAUCUCCUGUACAAAGCUUUGUAGGGAUCCUGUCCCGUGGGUUGCUUUUACCCAAAGUAGUUGAAGAUCGUGGCACAAAGAGAACAGACAUUGGAAAUCUUGGGAGUGGAAUAUAUUUCAGUGAUUCACUCAGCACAAGUAUUAAGUACUCCCACGCAGGAGAGACAGAUGGCACGAGGCUCUUGGUCGUCUGUGAUGUAGCCCUCGGGAAGUGCAUGGACUUGAACAAAAAAGACUUCUCCUUGUCGGAAGCACCACCAGGUUACAACAGUGUCCAUGGGGUGCGAGCAACGGCCACUGUCACCACAGACUUCGAGGAUGAUGAAUUUGUUGUAUAUAAAACCAAUCAGAUUAAAAUGAAAUAUAUUAUUAAAUUUUGUAUAUCUGGAGAUGAAAUAAAGGACUUUCAUCUUUGUAAUACUACUGAAGUAGAGGAAUACAGACCUGAGUUUUCAAAUUUUUCAAACGUUGAAGAUUAUCAGUUAGCAGAUGCCAAACCUUUCAGCAACAUCAAGUCUGGCCUGCAGGAUGUCUCUGGCAAUUCAGUUCCUCUUGAGGAUGUUCACAUCAAGGGAAAAAUAAUAGACUUCGUAGCCCAGGUCACUGUUUUUCAGACAUACACCAAUCAAAGUUCUGUGCCCAUUGAGGCAAGAUAUAUUUUUCCUUUGGAUGAUAAAGCAGCUGUGUGUGGUUUUGAAGCGUUCAUCAAUGGGAAGCACAUAGUAGGAGAGGUUAAAGAGAAGGAAGCAGCCCACCAUGAAUACCGAGAAGCCAUCAGUCAAGGCCAUGGCGCGUACUUGAUGGAUCAGGAUGCACCGGAUGUUUUUACUGUUAGUGUUGGAAAUCUACCCCCUAAGGCUAAGGUCCUUAUCAAAAUUACCUACAUCACGGAACUCAGCAUCCAAGGCAGCAGGGCUGUCUUCUUCAUGCCCGCCACCGUGGCACCCUGGCAACAGGACAAAGUUUUGAAUGAAAACAUUCAGGAUACAGUAGAGAAGAUUUAUAUAAAGAAAAUAGGAACAAAACAAAGCUUCUCUUUGAGUAUGUCCAUUGAGAUACCAUAUGAGAUUGAAUCCAUUUCUAGUGAUACACAUAAACUGAGACAAAAGCGCACAGACUGCAAAGCUGUAAUUAGCACCAUGGAAGAUAGCUCCUUAGACAGUGAUGGAUUCUCUCUUCACGUUGGUUUGUCUGACGCAUAUCCCCCAAGAAUGUGGGUUGAAAGACAUCCAGAAAAAGAAAGUGAGGCCUGCAUGCUUGUUUUUCAACCCAAUCUCGAUCUCUCUGACCUAGCCGAGAACAGUGAAGUGAUUAUUUGUCUCGAUUGCUCCAAUUCCAUGGAGGGUGCAACAUUCUUGCAAGCCAAGCAAAUUGCCUUAUAUGCUCUGUCCUUGAUGGAUAGGAAGCAAAAGAUCAACAUUGUCAAGUUUGGCACAGGUUACAAGGAAUUAUUUUCAUAUCCUAAGUACAUCACAAGCAAUAAUACACCAGCAGAGUUCAUUAUGUCUGCUACACCUACCAUGGGAAAUACAGACUUCUGGAAAACGCUCCGAUAUUUAAAUCUACUGUACCCUUCUCAAGGCUUACGGAGCAUUCUCCUUAUAUCUGAUGGCCACCUCCAGAAUGAGAGCCUGACAUUGCAGCUUGUGAAAAGAAAUGUCCGGCACACCAGGCUGUUCUCCUGUGGUAUCGGAAAUAUUCCCUGGACUUUUGAAGAAAUAAAGAAAGCGAGUGAAUGGGUAAGAAGAACUGAAGGACAAUAUCCAUCUAUCUGCCAACGGCUUGAAUUGGGUCAAGAUUGGGACUCUGCCACUAAACAGCUAUUGGGGAUCCAAACCAUAAACACCACAUCUCCUCUUCACAGAGUUCUUAAUUACAGUCAAAGCUUAAUCAUCUGAAGUUGUAUUUUAAACAUUAGUCAUGUUUCCAUGUAUAAAAUAAUCAGAUAUCAAUAGAUACCUAUAAUGAAAUUUAAUUAUGAUUUUAUUCAAUGUAGUACUUACUUUAAAAUAAUGAGAAACACAAUUGAUUAUUUUAAUGAACUAACAAGUGAUAACAAAAUAUUACAAUAUUACAGAUUUGUGUUUAAAUAUUUUAAGGUGAUAAGAGACACAUCUGGCUAGUCCUGGAGCCUCAUUCCCUUCUCCCCUUUAAGGACUCUAGUAGAGAACUGGCCCAGCUGGACUUAGUAAGCUGGGGAGAAACAAGGUCUUUGGCUGAUGUCAGUGUUCCUGGCAUGCAUUCCUGUUUCCAGGGCCCUGAGUAUCCAGACCUUUGCCCUCAAUAUGCAUGUGGUUCCUAGUCUAUAGAUCCCUUGAUACAUCUUUUUGUCACUUAGAGAAACUAGGUAUCCCAAGCAAUUCUUUCAUGGAUCUUGCCUUUGGUGUUGCCUCUAAAAUCCUGAAGUCAAAGGGGCGCCUGGAUGGCUCAGUCAUUAAGCGUCUGCCUUUGGCUCAGGUCAUGAUCCCAGAGUCCUGGGAUCGAGCCCCGCAUCAGGCUCCCUGCUCCGCCGGGAAGCGUGCUUCUCCCUCUCCCACUCCCCCUGCUUGUGUUCCCUCUCUCGCUGUGUCUCUCUGUCAAAUAAAUAAAAUCUUUAAAAAAAAAUAAAAUAAAAUAAAUUAAUUAAAUAAAAUCCUGAAGUCAUCUAGAUUUCCUCCUAUGUUAUCUUACAGAAGUUUUAUGAAUUUUGCAUUUUACAUUUUGGUGUAUGAUCCAUUUUGAGUUAUUUUUUAUGAAAGUUGUAAGGUCACUGUCCACCUUCCUCCACACUAUCACUUCCAGGCCAUUACCUCUCUACCUUUAUGUAAAAACCCUGGUUUGUUUUUGUUUUCUUGUCUUUUUAAUUUAAAUUCAAUUAGCCAACAUAUAGUACAUCAUUAGUUUUUGAUGUAGUGUUCAAUGAUUCAUUAGUUGUAUAUAACACCCAGUGCUCAUCAUAUCAUGUUUCUUUGAGAUUCAGUCUUUUGGCUAUCCUCCAACCUGUCCUUAUUGCUGUGACUUGCCAAAUGCCCAGUACCUACCCUCAUUCACAUAAGGUUCAGGAUUUCCCUUUCUACUGCCAGUCCUGCCUUCAUCUUGAGUGACUUCCAUUAUCCUGAUGUGUGACCCUUCCUAAUUCCUGGACUUGAACCAUAGCUAUGUCUUGGCAGAAUGUUUUGUGAUACUCAAAGGAUGGGAAACUUGUGAGGAGCUACCAUGAGGCCCUCUCCCAUCCACCGCUCUAUCUCCCUGAGAGGCAGACAUAAGACUGCUUCUCAUCACCUCCCAGUUCUGAGGUGAUAUGAAGCUCAGAAUACAGCUUCAGACUAAAAAUCCUCCUAGCUGCAUCUAGAAUUAGCUCCUCAGCAGUGAUGUGUCCCACAACUCACAUUGCAAUCAUCUAGCUCCUCUUAGGGUGUGGGACAAGGACCAAGGGGAGCUGGCAUCUUUGACUACUCUUCCUCUUGCUGUUUAUACAAUAAACCAUCUAAAUCUAAAAUGGCUUGUUAUGUCUUUAUGGCUAAAUCAAUCAGGCCUUGCCCUUGGCCUUGUCUGCUUGUUUGCUUGACAUAAUCAUCAAGAUAACUCUUUUCUUGUUUUAUCAGAUUAUGGGAUAAAAGAUUGAUAAUACCUAGUAGCAGAGUGUGUGAAGGUAAACAGACUUCCUUAUGUUGUUACUGGAAACAUAUACAAGUAAAAAAGUUUUGCAGUAUUUAUCCAAAUUUAAAUCACUACCCUCCUUGACCUAUAAAUUUCACUAAUAGGAAUUCCACUUCUAGAAAUUUAUCUUGCCAAAAUAUGGACACACACACACAUGCAUAUGUUAUAUAUGCAUAUAUAUGUGUGUGUAUAUAUAUAUGUAUAUAUAUAUUACAGUUGCAGAACAAUGUGGAAUAAAGCUCAUUUAAAAAUUAUAUAAAUGGGUGUUUAUACAUGUAUGAGAUAAAAGUCUGUCAUGUCAUAUUCCAAACUGGUUACCUUUGAGGAACAGGAACUUUAUUUCUAUCUUAUAUUCUUAUAUUCUAUAUCUUAUAUUAUUUCUAUCUUAUAUAUUCACUGUAAAAAUUUUUACAGUGAACAUAUACUUAAAUUUUUUAUCUCAAAAAUACAUAAAAGUAGAGAAAAUAGUAUAAUGAACAUAAAUUCCACAUUUAAAAUAUUUUGCCAAGUUUUUAUAAAUUUAGAACCAUCUUUUCUUCCCUCUUCUUUUGCUAUUGACUUGUUAAAGAAACAAGGUCAAUUGUCCUAUAGUAUGUCCCACAUUCUGGAUUUGUCCGAUUGUUUCCAUUUUUUCUUUCCCCAUAUUUCUUGUAAACUGGAUAUUCGAUCUAAGGCCCUGAAUAGAUUAAGGAUCAGUAUUUUUAUCAAUAGGAGCCAUAUAGUUUGGUUGUUCUACUUUUAUUUUUUUAAAGAUUUUAUUUAUUUAUUUGAGAGAGAGAAAAUGAGAGCGAGCGAGCACAUGAGAGGGGGGAGGGUCAGAGGGAGAAGCAGACUCCCCGCCUAGCAGGGAACCCGAUGCGGGACUUGAUCCAGGGACUCCAGGAUCAUGACCUGAGCCGAAGGCAGUCGCUUAACCAACUGAGCCACCCAGGCGCCCAAGUUGUUCUACUUUUAGUAAUGCUAACAUUGAUCAGUGCAUUUUCCAAUGUGAAGUUCUGUUUCUCCUACAACCAACAAAUAGUCUGAAGAGAUACUUUGGCAGCCAGUUCCUCAUCAAUCUCUCACCUAACAGUUGCCUGAAUCAUUUCACGAAAUAUUGUGAUUCUCUGUUUUCUUCUAUGCUUGUUAACUGAAAUUCUUCUGAAAAAAAAAUGAGCUUUCCCCAUAACUAAUACUAUUUGAUUAUAGUAUUUUUAAAAAUUUACUUUAAAAAGAUAUCUAAUU